AUGCACAACACAGACACCUGGGCCAAUACAUUCUUCUCCGGUGACCCUCCUGAGUUCAUCACAGAGGCCGAUGACAGUCCGAAGUUACGAGAAUUCCGCCCCGAGGAUGACAGAUGGAGGCUCGGACAGGUGGUGGAUAGGACCAGACUGGCAGAUGCAACCAGGAUACAAGUGUUCUGGCUUCGACAUGAGGGACGAAGAAAGUAUGUAGCCAAAGUGUUCCCCGACUACACCCCAGAGCAGGCGGCUGAGCAGCUUCGACGGCUGAGGGUUCCAGAAUCCCGGAUUGGGUUUCAGAUAGAGCAUGCCUUGUACGAGUUCGACAGAUUUUCCCGGGAAGCCAGAGCAUACAGUCAUAUUGAACGGUUCUGCCCCAUCGAAGAACGAAUAUACUUUCCCCGAUUCCAUGGUACCCUUACAAAUAUGGACAGAUCCAGGUUUUCCGCCGGGUAUGCUCACCCGCGAGCGCUCGUGCUGGAAGCCAUCAAGCCGGACUUGCGCUCUCGACAGCACAGUCGAAACUUACCCCUGAGCCCGCUAGAACUAGAAUGGUAUUGUUCUCUCCUUUGCGAUCGACUUCGCCGCCUGGCGGCCUUGCAUCGGAUCGGGGUGACCCAUGGAGAUCUGCGGGACCAUCACUUCAGACUGCCUGGAGACAACUACGACACGGUGCUCUUUGAUUUUUCAGAGGCGUACACGUUUACCCCUCAUUGGCCUUAUAGGGUGAAUUCCGGAAUCCCUCGGCCGUUGAAGAAGAUAUCAGAAGGGGAGCGAAGACAAGUUGAGUUGCAUAUUCAACAACGAGCCGAGGACCGAGACCUUCGUUCCUAUCUCGUCAAGUCGAUCUCGGAAUGUAUGGUUGAUGAUGCACUCUGCCAGCCUCUGGAGAAGGAACUUCUGGAGGUAAUCAUCUUCAGAGUUUGGACUCGCCCAGACUACUUCUCGAUGCCCUCGUUAAGUUCCGCUUUCCCUUUUCUAGAAGCCAUUCGCCCUGCGGAUGACCCGACCUGGCACAUCCGUAGAGGCCGAAUAUUGAACUGCUAUGAGUCAGUUUGGGCGUCCUUCAUCCCUGCCGGUGACCCUCCUGCAUCAGUCAUGUUUCAUGGCGAACCGGGCUUUGAAAAUCUCGGAUUGAAAUAUUUACUUUGCUUGGUGCCACGGGCGUGGGAUAUAGGAACCAGUGCUUCAUCUGAUCCAAAGCAUGCGAAGAUAUAUGAUAAGCUACGACAAGCCUGCUCGCUUCUGAUAUCAUCCAAGAUUAUUGGAUGUAUCAUUCAUGGCCAGGAAAUUGUUGAGCAGGCGAGUAGGAAAUUUGAUUGCUGA